CCGGCGCAGGCAUGAUCAUCACGCAAAGCAACAAGAUGAUUUGGAUACGACUUGUCGCAUUGUUCGUAUUAGCCCACAGUGAAGUCGUCUGCGGCUUCUCAUGGCGGCGUGACUCGGGCCUCAGGGCAGCGGGCAAAGGCGAUCGGACGGGUUUGGAUCCAAGCCUCAGUGCAUCGCACCUUCUACAGACGGUUACGCGUCUUCCUUCUACGUAUGAGAUUGCCCUGAAUGAGCUCCAGGAGCUAGAGUCGGAGCCUCUCUGUCAUCGUACGGCGGCAACUUUACUGGUGAAUAACUGCCAGCUUUUGGAAGGAAAGGAUGAGGCAACUAUACUUACGGACAGCGGGCGCCAGAUCAGGGACUUUGUGGAUGCCUACGCAGCAAGCUUGGCCAUCUGCGAUCUUGAGCGUGGGAGCUUCGUGAUCCCGAGAGAAUGCGGGAAAUUUCAGGAAUCGAUCAUCACGCAUCUUGCACUGCAAAACACAGCUCAACUUCAUGUCACAUCCAAGGAAAUCGAUGGCUGUCUUUCGGGUCUGGCUCAAAACAUCCUGCUCUUCCAACGUCUUACCAAGAUCAUGAGCAACUUAGCAGACGGUAUGGACGAGAGAGUCGAGAGGCGCAUGACCGACUUAGACAAGAGAGCUCAAAUGAUGAGUGACCGUCUUGACCGGCUUUCACCGCAGCUAGAUGGUCUGAAAACUGGUAUUACGACUGCGGAAGAUCUCAUAUCGGGGAGUUUGGCACAAGCUCUCAGGAGAUCUACUGAUACGGUCAAUUCGGGUAUCGUAAACGCUGCAAGUUUGCAAAGAAUGCUCGAGGUCAUGAUGAGCAGCAUCCUCGCUACAAACGCCGAAGCCGCCGAAUUUCACGAGCAGUCCUUGGAAAUGGUGAGCCGCAAGGCAGAAUCGGAAAUGUCAAGCGUGAUGACGGCCAUGGCUGCAGCUGUUACGUCCGCCUCAAUACUGCAGAACCAGAUAGACCUGUUUCGUCUCCAAGCAGCGGAACUUGAAUAUAGACAAGGCAAUCUGGAACAGGGGAUGCAACGCCUUGUCCAUAUCUCGGAGAAUCUAUCAGACAAAUACGACGAUCAUACCAAUUUCCUGCAGCAAGCUCAGAAUAUGACGGAGAAGAUACUCUACAGCUUGGGAGAAACGGUGACCUCGGCAGCAACAAUGGGUGAUGCAUUUUCGAGGCAAUCUUCUGCUAAGUCAUGGUGGCCAUACAUUUGGUGCCCGGCAGCAUCUCUCGUCAUGGGCUCUUACGGUCUUCCUCCUUCGGCGGUGAGGAAUCUGGCUUUAGUUGCAUUGGGUGAGGCUGCUGGAUUCGUGGUCUCCUUUGUACCGUCCAUUUCGUUGGAGAUUUCUUCGUUUUCGCUCUGGGGUGUAUUGUCCUCUUUCGCAUCGCCAUCAAUCUAUACGUCAGCUACUAAGAUGGAUGGCCAUGCGAACCAAGAGGGCAUGUAGUUGUCCUAGAAUCUUCACUACAACAAAAUGGCUAUGGGUUAACUGUUGGGCGUGGGACGUCGGCAUAUGGAUUUCAUGUUUUAUCAUUUGGGACGGUAACUUAUCUUCUGGGCUUCGCCCAAUUUCUCAACAAGAUGCUGAAACGACAUCACAAC